AUGUCACGUAACUAUAAAAAUUACCCGAGGGAUUUACGAAGUAAGCUAAAUGCUUCUUCGCACCAUCGGAAGCGAAAGUCUGAACAUGCCCCGCGGAUGGAUGACGCCCCGAAACGAAGACGAACGAGGGAAGACAAGGGUAAUGUGACUCGGCCUAUCAGCUUCAAAGAGUUGGAACAAAUCAGCAGACAAUCAUCGCCAGCCUUAAAGCUCAUCAGUAAAGCGGAAAGGUUCGAGGCGCUGUUGGCUUCAGAGAAGUUAAGCAACGAGGAAUCGAACCCAGAGUUUCUAAAGCUGGUUAUUUCUGCUUUUCAUCUUCUAUGCUCAGCAAACAACCUCAUUGCCGAGAACGCUGACAGGAUUUUACGUUCUCCCACUGCGAAGAAUUUCAUUGCAGGGACGGUUUUAUCGAGUUUUAUCAACGAAAUGCCUCAUGCUAACCAUUGGAAAGACGAAAAUGAUCGUGUUUGCACAGUGGGUAAUCUCACGGAAAUUUUUGUCGCAUUUCUUCAGAAAUUUGGCAAAGAUCUUGUUUACAAGCUACCACUGGCACAGCUUAACACGUCGUUGAAGGAGCUGAAAGAGAUGAGCCUGGUCCAAGAUAUCGAUCAUCUUGACGAGAAGAUCCAGCAAUUGGAAGAAUUGAGAAAUGAAGCAAUUCGUUGUGCAAAGUUUGCAAAUGAUCAGAAGUCACAAGGUGAACCACCAGAAAACUUCAGAGAGUUAAGCGUCACCCCUCAAGUAGAAGAUCUAAUUUCCAGACCCUUCCUUCGCGAAAACAUCACCGACAGAAGGUUUAAAGACUUGGACCACUAUUUAGAUGUACAGUUUCGUCUCCUGAGGGAGGACUUUGUGAAACCUCUUCGUGAUGGAAUACAUCAACUGAAAAAGAGCAGUGCCCUGGAACCUAAUCAUGACUACCAACUUAAACGCGCCAAUGAAAUUCACGUUUAUCAUGACGUCACCAUCCAGUUUCCCGUGUGUGGCAGAAAAAGCCGACAUUACAAAAUUAGGUUUGACUCAUCUCAUCAAAAAGUAGCGCAAGUGAACUGGGAGCGAACUAAACGACUGAAGUACGGAACACUGCUUUGUCUUUCGGCAGACGACUUUAAUACGCUGCUAUUCGCUACAGUGGAAAAUCCAGAUUCCAAGGAACUUAAAGACGGACUAUUGGAGGUACGUUUCGGGAACGUUAGCUCGGAGGAAGUGAACCAGUUUGUCGAGGAAAAGCAGAUCUUUGUCAUGAUAGAGUCUCCAGCCUAUUUCGAAUCUUACAGACACGUGCUUGAAGCUCUCAAGGAGAUAAACUCAGAGUUUCCUUUCCAGAGGCAGAUUGUGGAGUGCUGCGGGGAUGUCGAGCCACCUGAGUAUCAAAUGCAGGAAGAAUACGACAGCAAGUUCAAGUUUCGUUUUGAUGGCGUCUUAGAUGCAAAAAGGGAGGUAUAUUCAGAACCUCUUGAGUUGGCUGAACAGCAGAAUUCCCCAUCUGCCAUGGAAAUUGUGCCGAAUGCCUCGGCGGGUGUGGAAACACCUAUGGAGAACGAGAUUCCUUCAACUGUACAAGAGGGUAAGUGUACCCCAAACGACCAUUGUUGGCCAGACAAGGAAAGUCUUGGGCUCAAUGAAUCGCAGAUGCGCGCAUUCAAAAUGGCGCUGACCAAAAGGUUAGCCGUAAUUCAAGGACCGCCAGGGACUGGAAAGACAUAUGUGGGUUGGAAGAUUGCACGUGUUCUUUUACAAACCCUCUCUCUCUCGGAGGAUGCGAAGGAACGGACACCAAUCUUAAUGGUGUCCUAUACAAAUCACGCCUUGGACCAGUUUCUGGAAGGAGUCCUGUCAACAACGAAAAAUGUCAUUCGUGUUGGUGGCCGUAAAAUUAGCGGAAAACUUGAAAAUUAUUCCUUGAAGAACCUUCGUAGGGAAAUGCGUUGGAAAAAAGUGGUUCCAGAUGAAAUUUACAGAGCCAGAUUAAAGACUGAAGAAGACACUGUGAAGCAAAAGUUCUUCUCCGAAAGUUCUUUCGAUAUUUUACGAAGUUUGAGAACCAGCGUGGUGUCCAUGAAAGUCCUUGGUCAUCAUGAUUAUGCGCUAAAAGUACAUUACUCCCAACUUAGUGAGACUGGACCGGAAUCAAUUGACGAAGCUCUUCUCGACUGGCUGCGAAUUAAAAGGCGAGAUGAACGUAAACAAGAAUUCCCUCUUUAUGGCAAUUUGGAGGGGGAAGCGUAUGGACAUGGCUAUGGUGCAGCUUUUGACAACGAGCCCAUUCAUGACAAAGAUCUCAGCGACAUCGCUCAUAAAGUAGCAAUCCUCUCGCCAGAAGACGCGACCUACCCUAAGGAGGUACAACGAAAUAUUUUAAGUGAAGAGCUCAUGACAGGAGACGAGGAGAUGUAUCUUGAUGAUAUUUACCGGUUGAACACAAAAGAUCGCUGGAGACUUUACAGGCUGUGGAGAAAGAGGGCAGAGGAACAUCAUGAAAAGCUCUUCAAAACGAGGCAAGGCGAGUAUGAUCAAGCGGUAGAAAGAGAGCAGGAGAUCACUAGAAUGGAAGAAUACGAAAUUCUUUGCAAAGCAUGUGUCAUUGGCAUGACGACCACGUGUGCCGCAAAAUACCGCAGCAUUCUCAAGGAGAUCCGCCCCAGGAUCGUCAUAGUCGAGGAAGCCGCUGAAGUACUGGAGGCUCACAUCAUUGCGUCAUUGACCCCAGGCUGUCAGCAUUUGAUUUUAAUCGGUGAUCAUCAGCAGCUGAGGCCCACCCCCGCAGUCCAUGAUUUAGCCAAGAGGUACAAGUUGGAUGUGUCCCUGUUUGAGCGGAUGGUGAAUGUUGGAAUUCAGUGUGAGAUGCUAAACGUACAGCAUCGUAUGAGACCUGAAAUUGCUACCUUGAUGAAACACAUUUAUAACGAUCUCGAGAAUCACGAGUCGGUGGAGAAAUAUGAAGAUAUCAAAGGAAUGAAGAAGAAUAUGUUCUUUAUCAACCACAAAUAUAUGGAAGAGUCUAGUAAUCAGUCGCACAGCCAUGUGAAUGGGCACGAAGCCAAGUUUUUGGUCGCGCUAUGUCGAUAUUUAUUACAGCAAGGAUACAAAGCCGAUCAAAUUGCCCUACUGACAACCUACACGGGACAGAUGUACGCCAUAAGAGACUGCCUUCAAGAAGAAGAUGCCAUCAGAGAAUCUCUUAGGGCUGAAAACGAUCCAUCCGUCGGAGGUGUGCGUGUAACAACAGUUGACAACUUCCAAGGUGAAGAAAACGACAUCAUCCUUCUCUCUCUCGUGCGCAGUAACAAAGAUGAGAAAGUCGGAUUCAUCAAGAUUGUCAACCGGGCAUGCGUUGCUCUCUCGCGUGCAAGAAAAGGUUUCUACUGCAUUGGAAAUUUUGGCCUUCUCUCAAAACACAGUGAAAUUUGGAGGAAGAUUGUUACAGAUUUGAAAGCUAGUAGCAGUAUUGGAAACGCCUUGCCCGUCGUUUGCCUCCACAACGAUGAAAUCAGCGUUAAAACAGCAGAAGAUUUUAACACAAAAGUUCCCAUGGGAGGGUGUCAACGACCAUGCGCGGUGCGCCUGAAAUGCGGUCAUGCGUGCACGUUGGAAUGUCAUCCUUGUGAUAAAGAUCACGUGGAAUUUCGCUGUCAAAAACCCUGUGAAAAGGAAAGGGCAAGAUGUGACCACACGUGCCCAAAGCGUUGCUGGGAGGUCUGUGAGCAAAAUUGUGAAAUAGAGGUUGAGAAACAGUUGCCAUUCUGUGGUCACACUAUGUUAGUAAGAUGUGACACUAAUCCCAUAAUGAUUAAAUGCAUAAAACAGUGUGAGAAGUACCUUCCAUGUGGUCACAGAUGUCAAAGAAAAUGCGGAGAAAGCUGCACGAAGAAAUGCCACGAGACCGUCAAGAAAACCGAUUGGCCUUGUGGACAUCUCGUCUCUAUCGCCUGCUCGGCAACUCCUAAUGAUUGUUCUCAUCCUUGUGAAGCCACGUUAGAAUGUGGUCACACGUGCUCUGGUACUUGUGGCGAGUGUCGCAUGGGUCGUAUUCACAAGCGAUGCAAGAAGCAUUGUGGUCGUGUUCUGAUUUGUUCCCAUUCGUGCAUGUCGUGUUGUAAAGAGUCGUGUCCACCGUGUAGCGCAAAGUGUGAAAACCUGUGUGGGCACAGUGAAUGCCCAGAAAAGUGUGGAGAGCCGUGUAUACCUUGCCACGAGGAAUGUCUUUGGAAUUGUCCUCAUCACGCUUGUGCCAAGAAGUGCAGUGAGAUGUGUUAAAGACCAAGAUGUGACGAACCAUGCAACCAAGUAUUGUCUUGUGGCCACGAUUGCUGUGGUUUGUGCAAAGAAGAGUGCAUUUGUGCUGAAUGUACUCCAGUAAGAGAGAUUUUCUUCGGGGAGGAGGAAAACGAAUCUGCUCGGUUCAUCAAGCUUCCAGACUGCCAGCAUGUCUUUGAAGUAACUGGCCUGGAUAGGUGGAUGGACCAAAAUGAUGGUGUGAUUAAGCGAAAGCAGUGUCCGCGGUGUAAUACGCCAGUCCGCAAGAGCCUGCGAUACGGAAAUGUCAUCAAACAGCAGCGACAAGAUAUCGAGCGAGUGAAAAGAGAAUUGAUGGGAAACAAGACGGAAUUGGAAAAGAAGAAAAGAAGCCUGUUCUUUCGUGCCUGUGAGAUGUUAAAGACGGUUGACCAAAGUGUCAAAGCAUACUUGGAAAAACGGAAAAACAGCAUAAUGAAAACAACAAAGUCUGAGAUGAUAGCCGCAAUCAUUGAAAACCAGCUGAUGUUGAUACAGCGUUUGCACUCGGCAGGAAAGAAAAUGCAAAGCGUUCUAGGAACGGUGUCUCCAGAGGACUGCUCUGAAAAGAAGUUACAGCACCAGCGAUUAACCGAGGAGCUUGGCUACCUAAAGAAGCGGCUUCUGUCUGACAGGGUAGGGCAUCUAGAGCUACAAGACAUAAACACCGAAUUCUCGAGACUCAAUCUUCAACUGGAGCUCUAUUCGCUGAACCGUGACAUCAGGAGCCUCGAAGUGGAGUUAGACGAACCUUCCCGCCAAAUGAUGACUGCAAUACAAAAGGAACUGUCCGGCGGUCAGCGCAUAGCAGACGAAGAACUGGAUAAACUAGUGAAUGACAUUACAACUAUACGGACAUCCAAUCCCCGCUUUAAAAAAUUGACGCCAGAAGAAAAAGAACAGAUCGUGACUGCCAUGAACCUUAAACCCGGUCAUUGGUUCAAAUGUCCCCAGGGACAUAUCUACGUCAUUACCGAGUGUGGCGGCGCUAUGGAGAAAAGCAUGUGUCCUGAUUGCGGAGCUGUGAUUGGUGGAGAAAAUCACGAUCUUGUAGAAGACAACCAAUUAGCGUCUGAGAUGGAUGGUGCAAAGUACCCUGCCUGGUCUGAACAUGCAAACUUAGCUAACUAUGGAAACUUAGAUGAAAUAGUGUGACUUUUUCGUUACUAGAGCUCACUUAGAUUGAGUGUCGUUCGAAGAAAACCACGUUUAUCAUAAUAGCCAUUCAGCAAUGUAGAAAAAUUUUAGAAGCCAGCGAGAAUACAAAUGAAAAGUGCGGGAAAACAAGUGACUACGUCGUGACCGAUUUUAGUUUUGCAUUUGAUUGGAUAUGAAGUUGGCUCGAGUUUUCUAAAGCAAUCAAAGAGCGAAGUAAGGCAAAAGCAAUGUAGUCCCUGAUCACAUCUGACACUCAUUGAAAUUUUGUCAAGAUGAAUAAUCCAUAAAACUAUUAUAUUGCUUUGAUUUAUAGCUUUUGAUGGUGAUAGGCAAAUUAAUUAUUUUUCCUGACGGCAAUAUUUCAGUGAAACAUUCUUUUGGUAACUUGCAAGGAAUAUUUUAUGACUUGAUUCCAAAGUUCAUCUUAUAUUGACCGUAAGUAACAAAACUUUAUAGGAAUAACGUGUAAUAGCCUGUUAUUCCAAUCUUUUUUCUCUCUUUUUUUUCUACAAUAAUCAAGGCACAGUGAUUUAAAGAUAAGAGCUUAGACACGAAUAGUCCAUAGAACUCAUUAUUAGAAAAGCUAUAUGAUAAACAGCUGUAACAAUAGCGUGACCGGAAGUGAGAGGGGGGGGGGCAUAAGUGCCCCCGACAUCCUUUCUUAGAUGAUUUUUUUUUUAGUCAACAACAUAAAAAUCUAAUGAUUCAGGUAAAGAAAAUUGCUGGAUGUGUAGAGAGGCGGCUCUCUCCCCUCCCCCUCCCCCUCCCUCUUUUAGAAAUGUUAACUAUGCCUCAUUCUGGGGUAAACGUCUCUUUAGUGCAUGUUUAAAUUCGUAAUGGAUUCUGUCGUGGUAAUGUUAACCAAAAGUAUUCAGAUUGGCAGGCCAUUUCGAGGAAAUUAAAACUUUCUUCAUCAUCUCAAAUCCAAGUUGAUUACUGAUUAAAAUAAUUCGAGAGGUACCUGAUAUUGUUAGACAUAGAGUCUGCUAUAAAGGAAGGGUUCUGUGUACAUGUUAUUUGUUGUUUUAUAGAUUUGUAAUGGUAAUAGGACUGAGUGGAAUUCAAUUUGGUUUGCAAUCAUAUGAGUGAUAACAAAUGGGAUGACUGCGUAAAAAAUUUAAAUUUCCAAGAAAAGAAGAAUAUCCAUGUUAUGAAAGAAAGGGAAAAUUUGCAUGAACCCUUUAACUACCAGUGGUGAUUACCAUGUAACUUCUCCCAAUAGUAUUCAUAUAUUAUACAGCAAACAGGUAAUGAGAACACUCAAACUCAUCAGGUACAAUUUAUUACCUUGAUUGAACACCUGAUUCUCAUAAUUAAUUUACAAGGAAAUUUGUAGUAGCUGGAGGGGAGAAUUGAUGAUCAGAUCUUGGGAGUUAAAGGGUUAAUUAAUGGACUUGUAGUUCUGAUCACAUCAAAAUAAGGGUUUUUUAUCAGGGCUAUUAUGAAAUUCCCUGGUGUUUUGGAAAAGGUUGAUUAUAAGGCCUUACAUUUAACCCUUUAACUCCCAGAAGUAAUCAGCAUAUAACUUCUCCCUAUCAUAUCCUCACCUCAUCCAACAAACAGAUCAUGGGAAAACUCAAACUUAUCUGGUAGAAGUUGUUAAUGUAACACUAAAUUCUCAUUGCUAAUUUACAAAGAAAUGUGUAGCUUCUAGAAGGGAAAAUCAAAAAUCAGAUCUUGGGAGUUAAAGAGUUAAAAACCAACAUUUAGUGAUGUUCCUUUUUGAGUUUGUGUCUUGUAGUUCUGAUCACUUCAAAAUUAGUUUUUUUCUCAGAGCUAAAAUGGAAUUCCCUGAUGAUUAAGAAAAGAUUGAUUGUAAAAGAUUGUAAACUUUUUGAGUUUGUCUUGUAUUUACAACUAUAAAUGGGUUAAUGUCUGGGUUUAAAAAAGAAAUGUUUUCUACUGGGUUAGUUUAAAUAUUUUGGGUCUCAAAUUACAAAGUGAAUGAUAGGAAGAUAUUAAAUAUUUGAUUAAGGCUACAUGAUGUUCUUCUUAAACUUGGAAUUUCUAAAGGAUAGAUUUUACUAAUACUAAUAAAAUAUUAAAUUCUCAAUGAUAUUUUAGGCUGUGUAUCAUAAGUGUUGAGUAUUUUUACACACUUUAUUUCUGAAAGGGUUAAAUUUUGUAAAGUUAUGCAUUUGAAAUCAUGAAUUAUGUAAAUGGCUCUCUCUGUGCAAUCAAAGAAAAAAGUGAAUACAGUUACUGUUAGUAUCAAAAAAAGUUCUUGAGGUGUCAAUGGGCACUUUACAACUAGUCAAGAUGUGCAGACCAGACUGGCUAGGUAAACAAGUUGUCAACAGGGUUUUUUCCAGAGUCCCUUGACUUUUUGUAAAUAUUCCACUGGCAUGAAGAGGCUGGUAAGUAU